AUGAAUAAACUGUAUGUUAAUCUCAUUAUAUAUCAUCAGUUCAGAAAAUGGAUCAAAGUUUUUUAGAUUUAAUGAAAAAGAAAUUAAAUAUCAUAAGUAAUCCAAAAUGAUUAAAAAUAUUAAAACAUUACCUUCAAUGACUUUUAAUUGA